AUGAGAGAAAUAUCUCUCAUUUUCAUCCUAUUCUCCACAAUUCUGGCAAGCGAAUUUCAUGUUCAUUCGCUAAAACACGUCCAAAAACGACAUGACAUCCCGCUGGAGUUCAUAAUGAACUCUCACGAGCACUCGGAUAUUCGAAGAUCUGUGCAUUUGGAGAAGGAUGAUAAGAAUUUGGAGAGACUCUCUUCGGAUAAGUUCGUGGUCCGUCGUGACGAAACGCCAUCAAAAUCGUCGGAUUCGUCCUCAGAAGUUGUUGGAGACGCCACGUCAAUUCCAGACAAGUUCGAUCAGCCGUCCUAUGAUUUCAUGUUGCCAGAGGGGAAUAAUGAGAACUCCACAAUCCUCGCAGUCGUCGAUUUCAUCACCCGAAAGCACAAUGUAAAGCCAACCUUCAUUGUGAAUUUUGACGAAAAUGAAUGGUUCGAUAUUGGAAACAUUGAAAAGACUCGCGCCGACAAUGCAGAUGUUUACAAGGCUACAGUAAUCCUCCGACCAAAUGCCAACGUGGAAAUUUCGAAAACCGAAGGAGGUCUCUAUAAAUUUGUAGUCGAAGCGCAGCAAGGAGAUGUUGUCCUGGCAACGACCAAUAUUUCUGUGGAUGUGAUAAGUUUGGCACCGACGACGAAAAGAGUCAGGGUUACGGUACCAAGUGAGCCGAAGAUGGCAACUGAAGCUGUGAAGGCAGAAGCGACGACGACGGUGAAUUCGGGAGAUUCUACAGAGAGUUCGGAAUCUGAUGUUCUGACACUAGGAGGACCGUCUUCAGAAUCCCCAGAUACUUCUGAAGAAGCCCCUGAAACUUCUGAAUCAUCCAUUUCUCCAGAAUCUUCUACAGAAUCUUCAGCUUCUUCUGGAGCUCCAGAAUCUCAAGAAUCGCUCACGACUUCUGCCACAUCUCCAGAUGACGUUCUCACCAUCGGAGGAUCUGACGACGAUCUUACAACGCCAGUUUCUACGCCCACCGCAGAAGAAGAGAAGGAAGAAGUGGAAGUUUUGGAUUCAGAAAGCCAGGAUGCUUCUGGAGAAGGAUCAGCCGAGGAAUCAUCAGGAGAACUACCAGAAUCACAAGAGGAUCCCAUCACCGGUCCUAUCACCAUCCUUCCACUCAGAACUUCCCCAGAUGGAGAAAUCCAACCAAUUGAGAACGUCCAUCUGAAUCUCCGUGGCGCUCCAGAAGACACUAUUCAGAUUCCACGUGGCGCGAGACCUGGCGACGUCAUCAGAGGAGUCAAUGUAGACUUCCAAGGAGUCGAGGGACAGGAAAUUCAACUUUCUAUCGAGCCAGAAGGCAUUUUAGAAAUCCGACCAGCUUCGAUUUUAUCUGGAGAAGAGACUGCUCUCUUCCUUCAGAAUAUUCCUGAAAUAGGAGACGUCAGAAUUCAGAAGCUUGAAGUUGUCGCUCGUUUUGCUAACUCAUCGAUUCGGUCACCGUUCCAAUUGAAUUUCGAGACGACUUCUGAAUCUUCGGAGGGCUCUGAUAUGCUAUCGUUGAGAGAAGUCGAAUUUGGAGUUAUGGAAUCCGCGGAGUCGGGACGGACCAUUGGACAAGUGGAUGGCGAUUUGAAGAUUAUUGGAGGAAAUGGGAAUAGAAGAUUCUCCUUGGUUGGAAAUGAUUUAAUCCUAUCUUGCGGUCAAUUCGACACUGAAAAAUGUCUCCAAGACGAUGCGCAAAAAACAUUUUCACUGAUUUUGAUGCCGAAAAAUGGAGAAUUAGCACCAGUUCAAGUGACGAUUCUAGUCCAACAACAAGCCAGUCUUCGGACUUCUGAUAAGGUCAUCAGAAUCUCUGAUAAUCGAAUUAUCAGUCCGUUUGCUGUGAUAACGGAGAGAACGAGGAAGAAUAUCAAGUUGGACGGAGAUGCCACAAAGUUUUUGGGAUUUUUGAAGGCUCAGGAGGGCUUGUAUCAGGUGAGAGAGAUUGAGCUGAAGAUCUUGAGCUUGAUAUUGAGCUUGCUUUUGAGCUUGAGCUCAGACCUCGAGCUUGUGGCUUGUUGCCGACAACUGGGUCCCAGACGCCUCACACCGUAUAGUGUCUGCAUCUCUUUAAAGGCGCAUCUCAUCGUGGUCAACUCAGCUGCUUCCGGCCGCUACACCAUUCAAAUCUCCCUUGAAGAUUCAGGAGACGUUGGCUCCUCUCCAGAAUCUCCAAAUCAAAAGAUCGACGUUUUUGUGGAGAAUUCUCAGUCUCAUGCUCACUUCAGAAAACCCAAAUAUUCUUUAGAAAUUGAUGCCAAUACUAUUGAAAAUGGUGUCAAGCUGACGCAUGUGGAGUUGGAAGGCGUGCCAAUUGAUGAGGCGAAAAUCAUGAUUCUGGAUGGAAACCCAGGAUGGGUUACUGUAGAAGAGUACGGUGGAAAAGUAAAUGUCGGGAAGUAUGAUGGACCAAUCUACACUGGAAAAUCAUCCAUUCGAAUUGGUGCAGUCGACAAAAAAACCUGGACGAUUCUCACAGAAACCCUAGUUGAAAUCGAUGUAAAAAAUGGACAAGAACCAGUGGAAAAUGAGCAAGAUUCGUCUGAAAAUCUGGAAAAAUCGAGAGUUCUAGAAGCGACAUUCGAUCGGGAGAAAUCUGAGACUUUCGAUAUUCAAUUAGAUGAUAAAAGUCUGAAAUUGGACUUAAAAUCGAUGUAUGGCAUAGAUGAGAAAGGAAGGAAGGUGCCAUUGGAUCCGACGACAAUCCAAGUUACCCCAACUCAUCUACAAAUUGCUCCAGAAUCUCUAAAAAGCCUUCGACUCCUCGGCCUAACUCUGAAGAAUCCCAAAACUUCAGAAACCACAGCCAUCCUCGUCCGCCUGAUUUCCUCUCCAGAAUAUCUCGAAAUCCAACGAAAACUCGCUGCCCGUCCCAUUUAUCCAUCUCCAUGGACCCGAGACUCUAACGAAAUCCACGUGGAACUCAAGGAAGAAUUGGCAUUAGGUCAAGUGGUUGGAGUCUAUCCAGCAGUUUCGCGCCAGAAUAUGUCCCAGAACUCCCGCCAAAUUCAAAUUUCCGGACCAAUGAAAGAGGCGUUUGAUUUCGAUGAAAUGACUGGAGAGCUAAAACUCAAGCAAAGAAUCGAUUUCGAAAGUUUGGAUGAGAAUCAGAAGAUGUUCAAUUUGACGUUGGUUUCUGGAGAUGAGGGAUACAGAAGUGAGGCGAUUCUCAUGGUCAAGGUGUUGGAUGUGGAUGAUAACGCGCCAGUUGUGGAUAUGGGACAGAUGGAGGAGGUGAGAAUGCUCAAUUUUAAAAUUUCUCUCCCUGAAAACCUGGCUGCUGGAACGAAAAUCGCCGAAUUUGAUGUCACGGACCCUGAUGGAUCCGAUAGUUACAAAGUGGAGUUGGAAGGAGAAGGAAAUCAGAAUUUCAGAGCGGAAAUUAAUUCCAAUGGAACCCUCUCCAUAUUCAUCUCGGAAGCAUCCCAAAUCGAUAGGGAGACUAAAGACGCUAUGGCGAUCCUAGUAAAAAUCUCAGAUGUUUCUGGAAAUUCUGAACGAAUCCUGCUCCCCAUCAGAAUCCUCGACGUCAACGACAAUGCUCCAGAAUUCGAAGAACCAAUGUAUGAAAUCGAAGCUAUGGAGGAUUGGCCACGUGGCGUCGUCAUUCAUCGAAUCCAUGCGAAGGAUUCAGAUGACGUUGGGCCGGCAUCAGAAGUUAGCUAUCGAAUUCUAAGAAACUCUGAAGAUGUGCCAGAUGUGAUUUCUGUGAAUUCCACAACUGGAGUAAUUCAAGUAUCCGGAGAUUUGUGGGGGUUGGGAAGGGAGAUGCCAUAUAAGUUUGAAGUCGUCGCAGAAGAUUCUGGAGCUCCGAAAAUGAAUUCUAGCUCGAUUUUGAGUUUGAGGAUUCGAGGAAAGGGGGAUGUGAUCACAGAGGAGACUGUGGAGUUUUUGGAGCCAAAAUUCGGUGGAGCAGUUGUCAAGGUUAAGGAGAACCUUCCUCUUGACACCAAAAUCUUCACAGUGAAAGCUGAUCUUCGCGGAAUUCCUAACAAAACUUCUGGAAAACUAGUCUAUUCAAUUAAAGACCUUCUGAAAACCGAGAAGGAGCCAACAUUCGCAAUUGAUAAGGAUUCUGGAGAAGUGUUUGUGACCAGGGAGAUUGAUUACGAGAGAUUGAAGGAGUACACGGUUAGUUUUCGAAGAAUCUGGAAGAUUCCGGGAAAAAAGAAUCCCCUCAAACUCUGA